CACGAAUUGAAACGUUGUCGAACAGAAUCUGAAUCGAGAAUUGAUAGUCUACCCACUAAUAAAUGAGAAAGAGCCUUGAAGUACGGCGAUGUUCGUCGCGACGCGACGCAGAAAAUUAAACUUUGAUUGGGCGGAUAGCGAACGUAAAUGCUGCAUCGGUUGCAUCGUAGUAACACCACAGCUGAUGCGAGAUUCUGAUGCAUUUUUAAGCUGAACGGGGAUUUUCGCCGUUGCACUUCGUUGCCGGGUUGCAGACAAUGCAGAUUUUGCCGAUAGUAGGGAUGUAAAACUUCCCGAUUUGAAAUUCUGGACAAUACUUAGGUAAAUCCACAUACCAACUUUUAGUUCAUUAGAUUACGAAAUGAUUCAUACGGCAUUUCAAUACCACAUGUCCACAAAAAACUAAUUGAUAAAUCGAACUAAAAAAGGAUAAAUAAAUAAGUAAAAGGCGUGAGGUGCAUUUUACUACAUUUUCAUAACUCUCCUCUCAAAGAUAGUUGCACCCCACGCAUGAUUGUCCAUCUACUACUGUAAUAUGAACUCUACGUACUUAAAAAUUAUUUUCUACUUCUUAGUUUGGUUAGCUAUAAAAUUUAUUUUAAAAGUCGUUCGUUCUUUGCAUAUUCAUAAUUGGCGUUGAAAGUGAACAUGUGUUAGUAUCGUUAAUCCAUCAGUAAAUAAUAAUAAUCAUGAACGCGAGUGAAUUAAAAUUAUAAGCAUUCCUUUGGUAUCUGCAUUGUAAUCAGUAUAAGUAUAAUCUUAAUACAUAUAUGACAAUAAUUUGGUAGUUUUACUUGGGAAGUUUUUGAAAGCUGACUUCUUUUUCUUUGACCAUGUUUUACGUAUUUUGUUUAUGCUUUGUUAAUCAUCAUUCAUCAUUAUGAAUAAAGUAGCUACUGAAUUUUCGAGACUAAUUUAUAAUAUUUUAUUUUCAGAGCAUACUUUAUAGCACCUACGUAUCUGAUUGGUUAUCGUGUGCGACUUUUUUGAAUUCCGGUUUUCAGGUGCUUUAAUUACCAGGUCCAAUUUUGAAAAAACUACGAUACUUAUCAGUGAAAUAAAUCUAUGCAACACUUCAAUCCGUUUUUCCAAUAUAGCUUUAUUUUUCAUUUAAUGUUAUCUAAUCAUAUUGAAACCGAAAGUGAAGCAACACAUAAUCGACCGAGCAGAUGAGAAAGUAAUCCGCGUAUUCACAUACGUGUAUUUUAAGAGCCGUUUUUGACCAGAUCGGUGCCACACAAGAUGAUUCUUCUUUUAUUUGGGAUAGCUAUCAUAGCAACCCUAUUCUACUACUAUUGCAUCAAACCGAUGAGCUAUUGGAAGAAUUUAGGGGUACAGCAAACCGAACCGAUUUGGUUUUUCGGAGAUAGCUGGAGGAACAUUCUCAGAUACCAAAAUGUUUUGGAAUUGAUAGACUACCUCUAUUAUGGAUCCGGAAAUGGAAGAUAUGGAGGCUGCUACACAUUCACAACGCCUACUUUGAUCAUAAAGGAUCCCGAGUUGACUAAACAAAUCCUCGUGAAGGAUUUUGACCAUUUUGUCGAUCACUAUCUUUUUCAAGGAUCUGACUAUGACCCGUUGUGGGGGAAAAAUCUAAUAGCGCUGAAAGGUGAAAAAUGGCGUGAAAUGAGGUCGAUCCUGAGUCCCUGUUUCACUUCGAGCAAAAUGAAAGCCAUGUUCAAGCUGAUGUUAGAUUGCGCCGAAAGAUUCACCGAAUAUUUUCUGUCGCUGAGCGUUGCCGAACAGACCGAAAAUCAGGCGAUUCCACUGGAAAUGAAAGAGACUUUCACGAGAUACGCUACCGACGUGGUGGCAUCGACAGCGUUUGGUGUUGAAGUGGACUCUUUGAAUGAACCGAAUAACUCCUUCUACUUGAUGGGCAGGCGUGUCACCUCUUUCGGUUUUUGGAAAGCCAUGAGAUUCUUCAUGAACAUAUUGCUACCGAAAGUGUGCGCGAUUUUCAGAAUUCGAUUCCUAGAUGACGAAACUAUGUCAUUUUUCAUCGGUGUUGUCGAAGAAACAAUAAAGGUGAGAGAAGAAAAGGGCAUAGUACGACCUGACAUGAUACAUUUAAUGAUGGAAGCGAGGAAAGGAAAACCAAAAGUCGAAGAAGGAGCUGCAGACGAUGAAACAUCCAUCUCUCAUGUUGAUGUUAAAACUCCUGUGAACAUAACCAACAUGGACAUAGCUGCUCAGGCGAUGAUAUUUUUCUUCGGAGGUUUUGAGACCAGCUCAAAUCUGAUGAGUUUCCUGGCAUAUGAACUAGCAGCAGAUUCUGAUGUCCAAUCCAAAUUAAGGACCGAGAUCGAAGAUACAUGGAAUGAAUGCAACGGAAAAUUGACCUACGAGGCACUACUCAAAAUGAAGUAUUUAGAUAUGGUUAUAUCAGAAACGCUACGUAAAUGGCCAGUGAAUCUAGCGACAGACAGACUGUGCACCAAGCCGUAUACCAUCGAACCAGCGCAUCCAAAUGAGAAACCACUUCACCUGAAAAAAGGUUCUUAUGUGUCAUUCCCGACGUACUCCAUUCAGCACGAUCCCAAGUAUUUUCCAGAUCCAGACAAGUUUGAUCCGGAGCGGUUCAGCAGCGAAAACGCGCACAAGAUCGUACCUUACACGUAUUUACCCUUUGGAGGUGGUCCGAGGGUCUGCAUCGGGAACAGGUUUGCGCUUUUGGAAACGAAAACGUUAUUUUUUUAUCUAUUGAAAAGCUUCGAGAUUGUUUUCAUAGAGAAAUCUUGCGUACCUCUCGUCAUCUCAAAAAAGGAUUUCAAUCUUGUUAUGCAAGGUGGCAAUUGGUUAGGGUUCAAAUCGCUCAAAAAGGGCGCCUGAAACAGGAACGUGCUAAAUGCAAUUAACGCGACAUACUGAUGUGUAAUGUGUUUUUUUUAAAUUAUUUUCUAGCUUUUUAGUUUCAUUUAUAUGUAAAGUAAGUAAAAAGUACAUAUUUUGAAUCUAUAGACAAGCAAUAUAUUUUUGUUUUUUAUUGUUAAUACAGGGUGGCCAAAAUAUAACUGACUGAUUCAAAUUGCGCGUCAUUUUUGAUAUACGCAUUCAGUAGGAGGCGCCGUUUACUUAAAUAAUCGGUCGAUUGUUGCACCGAUUCGGAAGCUACGACAAUAUUUCGGUCGAAAUAAUGUGCCCAUUCGUCAGUUGGUGCAGAAAUUUGAGCAAGCAGAUUUCACUAUUUUAAAAAAAGACUUGCAUUUGCGGCCAUACAAAAUUCAGUUAAGCCCCCUUCGAUAUAUACGAAUUUGUUAACAAGCAAAAUUGUCGUAUCUGGGCAUUAGACAACCCUGAUGUCAUCCAUCUACGACCACUACAUCUUCGUCGAGUCACAGUUUGGUAUAGAGGUGCCAUUGGACCUUACUGCCUUGAAGACGCUGCAGGUAAUUCUCUUACUCUCACUGGCGAGCGCUUCCGUGAUAUGGUGCAACAGUUUCUGGUUCCUCAAAUCCAACAAUUUAACCUGAAAUGAAUCUUUUGCGAAUACUAUUUCCGGGACGUUUAAUUUUUCGUUUUAGUGAUGUCAAUUGGCCGCCAAGGUCACCGGACUUAGCGGCUCCUGACUUUUUUAUAUUGGGAUUUUUCAAAAAUAGGGUUUAUGUCAACUAACCGAAUAGAGCAGCUGAAGAACAAUAUUACGGAAGCGAUUGAAAAUAUUCCUCCCGAAACCUACCUACCAAAAAGUGAUGAGUCUAGAGGCGGACAUUUGUCUGAUAAUAUUUUGCAUACAUAAUUUCUAAAUUGACAUAUUUUAUUUCAUUUCACAAAUACUCAAGAUACACACCAGUCAGUUACAUAUCGGCAACCUUGUACAUAAGCUAAAGGCACCAUGUGUACCAUAAUCUAUAUAAAAUAAAGGUUUUCAAUUUAAAAA